AUGCCUUUCACCAAGCAAGUUAAGAACAGCGCGUACUACAGUCGCUACCAGACCAAGUACAAGCGUCGUCGUGAGGGAAAGACCGACUACUAUGCCCGUAAGCGCUUGAUCACCCAGGCCAAGAACAAGUACUCGGCCAGGAAGCACCGCUUGGUGGUUCGUUUUACCAACCGCGACAUCAUCACCCAGAUUGUCUACUCUGAAAUCACCGGUGACAAGGUCAUCGCCUCCGCUUAUGCCCACGAAUUGAAGCGCUAUGGCAUUGAGCACGGUUUGACCAACUGGUCCGCUGCCUACGCCACCGGUCUGCUUCUCGCUCGCCGUCUCCUCAAGAAGCUUGAGCUCGACGAAACCUUCGAGGGUGUCGAGGAGGCUGACGGUGAAUACACUUUGACUGAGGCUGCCGAAACCGACGAGGGCACCCGCCGCCCCUUCAAGGUUUUCUUGGAUGUCGGUCUCGUCCGUACCUCCACUGGUGCCCGUGUCUUCGGUGCCCUGAAGGGUGCUUCUGACGGCGGUCUUUUCGUUCCCCACUCCGAGAACCGCUUCCCCGGUUACGACAUCGAGUCCGAGGAGCUUGACGCCGAGACUCUCCGCAAGUACAUCACCGGCGGCCACGUCGCUGAGUACAUGGAGGGCCUUGCUGACGACGACGAGGAGCGCUUCAAGUCUCAGUUCUCCCAGUACAUCGAGGACGAGAUCGAUGCUGGUGACCUCGAGGACCUCUACCUCGAGGCCCACAAGGCCAUCCGCGAGGACCCAUUCAAGAAGGACGAGAGCGAGGGUCCCAAGAAGAGCAAGGAGGAGUGGAAGGCUGAGAGCAAGAAGUACCGCGCCACCAAACUUAGCCACGCCGAGAGGCAACAGCGCGUGCAGGAGAAGAUCCGCGAGUUGGCUGCUUAG